CCGUCAGUAUGAAUUUAACUAGCUUAACGUAUACUGAAGGGGCGGUUACACUUCGACGUCAUGUGCAACACAGCUUCGAACUUCGAUCGUUGCCACUCCAGUCGCAACCCAAUCUUGCUUCCGUCAAGCGGCAAGCCACGACACCUUCACCGCUUCUAGUUCAUGGACGUAGACGACCUGCUCGAUUCGGAGCUCCAGGAAGAGAUAGAAGGAUUCUCCGUGCCGCCGCUCGUCAUGGCGGAAGGACAGGAAACCAACGAGGACAAACUCAUGCGGGAAGCGCUCCUCGAUGGCGCGUCGCGCGUGUCCAUCUCGACCAUGCUUCGUCGGCGGUCCCUUGUCGACGUGGAGACAGACAUGUUGCCGCCGAGCCCUACCGUCGUGAAAACCCUAGAUUUUGACGAUACCGCGAGCUUCGACUCCGAAUCACAGUACUCGGAGAUCUCUUGCCACACCGAGGACAGCUUCAUGGCGUCGUCGCCGCCGCCGCCGUCACGACUCACCAAGCCAAACCGCGUUUCAUCAUCGUCUUCGUCGUCAUCAUCUAGGUCGAAACCUGUAUCGAGUCUUCCAAGGGCUCCUUCGUACGCCUUUGGAUCGUCGUCGUCGACAACAGUGCCACGGACGCGCCCAUCGUCGAUCCCCGUGCCCCGGGAAUCCUCCUUACGCGCACGAGGCACGUCUACCGCCACGUCGGCAACUUCCUCGUCGUCUUCUCGCACGUUGUCGACUCCAUCUAGCAUGGUACCCACGCGAGCCAGCUCGGUCAAGUCGUCCAAGCUGCCACUUAAACCGUCCCCGUCCUCUGCGCCCAUCUCCCGAUCGUCCGGCGACCCCAAGGCCCCGCCGCGAUCUUCACGGUCAUCGACGCCCGCGGCAAGCCCCACGUACGCCAGCGGCGGCAAGUCCGGGUUCGGCGGCUCUGCGGCGUCUUCCGACACGGGGCGGCCGUCGCGAUCCAACUCUGUGUCAUCCACCAAGUCGGCAAAAGCGGCCACCACCAGUAGUGCCAUCGUGUCGCCGCCGACGCUUCUUCGAGGCAAGAGCAUGUCCCAAGUAUCUGUGGCCGCCCUCUUCAAAGUGCACUUCACCACCGAGGCAGAGAUCGACGAUGUCCUGGCCAUGCCGCCGCUUCGGGCGAUCGAUUCCAAAGGUCGCAUCGACCAAAUGGACAAGUACAUCCGAAAGCUAAAGUACCGAUUGAGGGAACUCAAGAUGCAGCGCGAUGCGUUUUCUCUGGCAUGUCAAGGCAUCGAGCGGGAUCUUACCGAUGAGCACGCGGCGACCGCGCGGGCGUACGCUACGGCCAAGCAGGAGCUGCUCCAUGUAUCCAGUAGGGGGAGUGAUGACGUGGCACGUUGUGGGGACAGGAGGGGGUCUGCCGGUGAACCGAGCGGCCCCGUCGAUCCAUCGCCAUCUUGUUCGCUUUUGCACCCGUCUUCUUCAAAGCAAGUGCCGCCGGACAACGAAGAAGAAGACCAGAGCGUGCUCAACACAUUAGACAGCAACAUGCAAGAGUUUGUGAGAAAUGCCAUGGAGCGCAGCACGUCCCAGAUGGUUGCCAAGUACCAAGCGCUGUUAGCCGAGAAAGAACACGCCCAAGAAGCCCAGCUACAGACGCUGCGGGAGUAUUACACGCACUCGAUGAGCAGCAGCACCGCCGAUGCGUGGGCCACUGUCACGCAGCUGCAGGCGCAGACAAAAGCCCUUGAAACAGAUAAGACGAGCUUGGGGUUGGAGUUUACGCAGCUCAAGAUCGACCACGCUGCGUUGAAAGAGGAGCUGCAGGACUUUCAAGAGCGUGUGCGCCUCCAAGAUGAAGAGAAUACGUCCGCCAAGUCGUUUUGGCAGAAAUCCACAGAUAUGAUCAAAGAGAACCGCCGGCUCACCGAGGAGAUCGUGCACUUGACGUCCGAAGUGGCAAAAGCCCACGAAGUGAUUGCGGCCAAGGAGGCAGCGAUCACGGCACUUCAAGUGUCAGUGCACGAACUCGAAGUGCAGAGUAAGGGCAUGGACGACGAGAAGCGCGUGUGGAGCGACCGCCUCACCACCGUCGAGGCGGCAUGGCAAGAAGAAAAGUCUCGCCGGGAGCAUUUUCAGGUGGCGCAGCACCAGAUGACCCAGGACAACACGGCCAUGUACGCGCAGAUGAUGGCCAUGCAAACGGGGUGCGACGCCCGCCUGGAGCAGAUGAAGGCGCAGUACGAGCACCAGCGGCGGACGUACGUGGACGAGGUGAAAAUGCUACAAAUGGAGAAUCGAGUGAUGACAAGGCACACGCGACCACCGGCGGAAGUGGUCGAAGACAAGGGAGAAUUAGAGAAAUUGUCGGCGGAUUUCCUCGAAGUGCGGACGCAAUUGGCCACGCAGAUGGAAUACGUGGCCGAACUGGAGCGACAAGUCCACGACGGUAACAUCCAACGACGGCAAAUGCACAACACGAUCCAGGAACUUCGAGGGAAUGUGCGCGUGCAUGUUCGCCUGCGGCCGUUUUUGCCGUCCGAUGGUGAAUUGACUAAAUUAAAAGCCAGCUGCUGGAGCGUCGACGACGACCACUCGACGAUUUCCAACGGCAAACAUCGAUUUACAUUCGACAAGUUGUUUGGCCAAACGAAUGGACAAGAGCAUAUUUUCAAUGAAGUCUCGGACUUUAUUCAAAGCGCCAUCGACGGCUACCACGUGUGCAUUUUCGCGUACGGUCAAACUGGGUCGGGCAAAACGUUCACGAUGCAAGGCGGUCGUCGGCCAGAAAUGCGCGGGAUCAUUCCUCGGGCCAUGUCGUUGAUCAUGGGAUGCUGCUCGACGUUGGGCGAACAAGGGUGGUCGUACUCGUUGGAAGUGACGUUUAUGGAGAUCUAUAACGAGACCAUUCGGGACCUGCUGUCGCCGUCAGAUCCGUCCGUCAAGUACAGCAUCCGCACGGAUAAACAGGGCAAAAACUACGUCGAAAACCUGCGCCGGUUCCCCAUCUCCCUCUCGGAAGGCGUCGAUCAGGUGGAGCUCAUCAUGGAGACCGCUGCGUGCAACCGGUCGGUGGAGAAGACGGACAUGAACGCCGAGAGUUCCCGCAGCCACAGCAUCUUCACGCUGCAUUUGCACGGCCGACGGACCGACGACGACGACGCAGCGGAUGUGGACCUACUCGGCAGUUUGAGUUUGGUCGAUCUAGCGGGCAGCGAGCGCAUUUCUCGGUCGGGGGCGACCGGCGACCGCCUCAAAGAAGCCCAAGCAAUUAACAAAAGUCUGAGUGCGCUGGCCGAUGUAUUUGGCGCGAUUGCCAAGAAGCAGUCGCAUGUUCCUUACCGCAACAGCAAGCUCACGUACGUGCUGCAGCCGGCGCUGUCUGGGGACGGCAAGACGCUCAUGAUGGUCAACUUGAGCCCGACCGACAACUCGGUGGACGAGAGUCUCUGCUCCCUCCGCUUCGCCCAGCAAGUGAACGCGUGCGAACUCGGCGCUGCCCAGCGCAAUGUCAAGAAAGAAACCCUCAAGUCCCCCCCCGAGACCCCUCCCAAACCGGCAUCGCAACUGCCGAAACAAUCAGCGCUGUCGGCGAUGCAGCCCCGCCUGUCGAUCACCCCCAAACCCAAACUACGCCCUGGCCGAUCGUCGAUUGAAAGCACCUAGUUUGUAGUUAGUAUAUUAUAGCUACCUACCUCGGGCUAUUUAAUCAUGAUCAAAAUACGCCGUGUUUGGGCUACGAAG